AUGAUCUUUAGUUCAGCGCUGGUGUUCUUGGUGGCAGUGAUCAACAGUUCCGCCAACCGCUAUCUUCCCGCCAAGCUGAAGUUGCUCGCGCCCUCCAUAGGGUGGUUCAUCACAAGUGUCUUCAUCGCCCGAGGUCCCUUCGUGUGGUAUGCGUGCUCGUUGACGAUUCAAGGACUAUUUGCCACCUUGUUAUUCAUGACACUCGGUUUUACGAGUAGCCUUGCCUUGCGCGCCAUCAUCUUUCCAUUUCUGGCGACCGCAGCGGCGGCCUGGGCUAAGAAGGUUCUGCCUCCGGUGGAGGCGUGGGCUACUGCUUCGAUUGCCCUUGUGCAGAUCUGGAGCACCUUUGGCGGCCUCAUAAUCCACGCCUGCUAUCCAGCCAACAUCUUACAGAUCCUUGAACAACAGGGAGAGCGCAACCGCCGCGUCCGCUCGGUUGCUGGCACGCUGGUUCGCAAGCAGGGUAAGUCUGUCGAGGGGCGCACGGUGCCGUCGCUGGAUGGAAAGAGCACGCUGCAGACCCUUGUGGUGAAGCAGGCGUAUACAACCCCCCGCUGGGUUUUGUACUGCGGAGGCAACGCGGAGUUCCUGGAGAACAGCCUCAAGGAUAUCCACGUCAUUAGCGACGCUCUCAAGGCCCACGCCAUUCUGUAUAACCCACGCGGCAUCGGCUACAGUACCGGCUAUCUCUCGCAUCUCGGCGAAUUUGUCGAGGACGCUGCCGCAGUAGCGCGAGCGUACAUUGAGGAGGAGAAGAUCGACGAGAAGCACCUGCUUUUCUUCGGUCACAGCAUCGGCGGUGGUACCGCGGCGCAGGUGGUGGCGGAAUGCUAUCCCCAUGCGUCUCUAGUGCUGGAUCGCACUUUCUCAUCCAUGUCGGACGCGGCUGUUGCUUUUUCCUGCCUCACCCCUACUGUGACACGCAUGAUCUUUCCGUGGUUUGUCGGUAAUCUUCACACUCUGGUGGGCUGGGACAAGAUCAAGCACAGCCGCAAGCUGGUUCUCUACUCGCAACACGAUGAGAUGAUCAACUUUUCGAUCUCGUCCAUUGCCCGUCACUCCCAGUUCCAAAAAGGCGGGGCGGAUGCCGACAAGGUUGUUGAGCUUCUCGGCGCCCCGCCCUCCUACCACAACAGUCUCUUGAACACCUUUGACAACUACGAGGAAGUAUGUCUCCGAAUGAAUUGGUUGUUUCCCACGUAA